UUGAUGACAAAUGUGUGGUUUCACGUCUUUAAAAUGUUAUACCGGGCUGUGGCCAUGACUACUUUCAACCUCUGUGCAUAGAGAAAUGAAUGGUCAUGAAAGGAACAUGUUUUUGGAGGGCCACAGACCACAAUCAGCAUCUAAGAUCUUCCUCUCAUUUGUUCUGUUAACUGUCAUUGGGUUAGUAAACACAAAGUUUCCAUGCAAUGAUAGCUGUGAUAAAACUAUUCACAAAGGUGUGAAGCUCAGCAAGUUCAUGCAAAGGAACACAGCAGAACUAAUAAAGACAUAUCAAGCCAAUGAGGGAGACUUUGCAAAGCAGUUCUGCAAAAUGCAGAUGAAGAAUGUUCCAGCAUCAAGCCUUUCAGGACAAACUUCAGCGGAUCGCAUGUUGAACGUUUACACACGUCUAAUGGAGUUCCAGCAUCACAUAAAGAAAGUUUUGGAGCAGCAGACAGACUUGCUGCCUCCUCAGAGUCCUUUGCUUUAUAGCCUAAAUGAAAUAUUGAAACGAACUGCCCACUUCACUUACAAGGUAAACUGCAUUUUGCAAAUCUUACAGCCCAAUAUUCCUAUACCUGAGCCAGCAGCUGGACCCACUGGAAUUCCCUUGCCUCAAAAUGUGUUUCAGCAAAAGGUCUAUGGGUGUGUCGUCCUGACUCGGCUCAACAAGUUCCUCUCAAGAAUCGUCGGUGAACUGAGGUCACUCAAGGGUAGCAUGUGUAUAAAAAAAGGAACUGUGGUGAUGUCAUAGAAAAGUCGUCAAUGGCUUGAAAUAAUUUUCAAAUCAAAUUUUCUAUGAUUUUCUUUUAAUUUAACUAGUAUAUUUAUUAAUUAUUUAUUUUUCACAUACAGUAAAUAUAAGAAAUUAAACCCGAGACAGGGACUUAUGUUUGAUAGAUUCAUUUGUGGAGGUAUUUAUUUCAUUAAUUUAUUGUUGUCAUAAUUAAUUAAUUUAUUGUCCUAAUGUCCGAAUGUUCCUAAUUGACAAAAAGUUAUACCUGUAAUUUUGCAGAAUCUUUGGCACUGAAGUAAAAAAAAAAAAAAAGGUUAAGUUUACUUCAUCAAAUGAUAAAGUAAUGUUCUUAACAAGUAUUGAUGACAUUAAGCCUGACUGGAGUUAGCUGUGUCAUACUGUAUCUGCUAUUGUUCGAUAGCCAGACAGAUCAGACUCAUCACUGCACUCUGACCCAGAUCAACAUUGCAUUUGAUGAUGAUGUCUUAAUGAUGCUUUAAUUCUACUUUAUGAUGUUUGACUUUUAUGGAACUCACAAAGAUUGUGAGUGAGCUUUUAGCCAUAUUGGCUUUGGUUGGUGUUCUGUUUGAAUAAACUGGUGACACCAGCUGGUGUUUUUUGGCUGCUGUCUGAGACAUCUGAGACAUGUGUUAAAACAGACUUAGUAGACAGGAAGUGAAAGAGACUGUGAUAUCAGCCCUUAAUGAUGCAUUUGUUAAACACAUCAGAUAGGAAAGAAAAAAAAAUGACUAGUCGUCGCCUCUGUCACGAGAUGGGUGUCUAAGAUUGUGUGUGAAAACACACAGUCUUGUACAUGUGUGUGUUUCAGACAGGUUUACGUGGCUGUUAGGGACAAUUAAUUUUUAUGAGAUAUUUAGCUUAGUUCUUAUAUUGAAACACUAAUAUAUGAGGAAUUUACUAAUCAUUUAUAAUUCAGAUGACGUUUAAGUAAUUAUGUAUACUCUAUAAAUCAUCUAUAAAUACAACAGCAGAUCAAAACGUGAUGCUUGUUGUUUUGUUUUACACAAAAAAAACCCAUGAGAAUUAGAAACCCCAUAGCUCAUUGCUUAUUUUGUAGUAAUUAAAUAAGUAUAGGCUUAUAACCUUUCAACCAGUGUGCAACUACAGUAGCAGUGGGCAAAGCCAGUGCUGUCAAAGUUAUAGUUGAGCUAUAAAGAUUUGUGCUUUCUUGUUAUUGUGUAUUAAUAUGCUAACUGGGUACUGUGGUUAAACAAACAAAUACAUAACAAGUGGCACCAAUAUAUACAAUGCUUAACAGUAAUAAUUGUACUCUUGGUAAAUAUGAGCAAAGAAAUCUGUCUUUUUUUUAUCUUGGUUACAAAAAUAUUCUGCUCUCAUAAAUAUAAAAAAAAAAUGUAAAAGCACAAUUUUAUCAAAAGAAAUCUUUUUUUUAAAUCUGUGUGCCAUAAUAAUUGUCAUUCUUAAUCAAUACAUUGUGCUAACUCCCUUUGCCAAAAUCACAUCUAUAAGUCUUUUGCCAGAUGAGGUUAGAGAAUACAUGGCAAGAGAGAUCUAUGAUCAUGGCUUUUUAGAGAAUUUCUCUAGAUCUUUCAAGGUCCAUGCUGUUGGACUUUCUUCUGAAUGGAAGAGCCUCCACCA